AUGGUGGAGGAUUAUGAAUAUUUUGAUGGUUGGCAAGAGGCCACAUUUCCGUCACGUGACCUCCGCGGGCCCGUGCGUACGUGCGUGCGGGGCGUGGGGCGCGCGGCCCGGGCCAGUGGCACCUCCUUUUUCGAAAGUUCGACUUCUCGCUCCGACUGGGGCGGGCAGUCGGGGAGGUGGCGUCCGCGGGGACCUCGGGCCGUGGUUGUCCGCCAGGCUCGCCUGACAGCUCACCGGCCGCGCGACCUCUUCUCCCGAGCCGCCAAGCUGGACCUGGACCGGCAGCUCGAUGGGGUCGGAGGCCCGGCCGCGGGGCAGCUGCUCCUCCAGCCCGGGGUCCGGGCAGAGAAGGAGCCGGCGGCGGUGGCGGGGCCCCGGCGGAGCAGUGGCAACUUGCUCCGCUGGUUCACCACGGUGUUCCUGUGCGCCGCCUUCCUGGGGCUGGGAAUGAGUAUUGCCAUCUUGGGACCCACGUUUCAGGAUCUGGCAACAAACGUGAACCGCAACAUCAGCAGUCUUUCUUUGAUUUUUGUGGGCCGAGCCUCUGGGUAUUUGAGUGGCUCUGUGAUUGGAGGGGUUCUUUUCGACUGUAUGAAUCACUUUCUGCUUUUGGGGGUGUCAUUGUUGGCCACUACUGCUGGCCUUUAUCUCGUUCCGUUUUGUAAGACAGCCGUCUUGCUGAUCGUCAUGAUAUCUGUCUUUGGUGUUUCAAUGGGAGUUCUGGAUACAGGUGGUAACGUGCUGAUCUUGGCUCUUUGGGGGGAUAAAGGAGCCCCACCCAUGCAGGCCUUACACUUCAGUUUUGCCUUGGGGGCCUUUCUGGCUCCGCUGCUGGCCAAACUGGCGCUGGGCACGGCGGCGUCUGCUGAAAACCACACGGAGGUGGACGCCCCGCUCUCGGGCCCCGACGCGUCGGCGGCGGCAGGCGCGGGCGCGCUGCUCGGAGUGCCGGACAACAGGAAUUUACUGUGGACCUACGUUGUCAUCGGGACCUACAUUCUGGUAGUUUCUGUCUUCUUCUUCGCUCUGCUGUGUAAGAAAAGCUCCAGGAGGGAAAAGGCAAAAGCAGCUGAGCAGAGGGCCCGCAGAGCGCAGUAUCACUACACCCUUCUCUGCCUCCUUUUCCUGUUCUUCUUCUUCUAUGUCGGGGCCGAGGUGACCUACGGCUCGUACGUGUUCUCCUUCGCCACGAGCCACGUUGGCAUGACCAGCAGGGAAGCGGCCGGAGUGAACGCCGCCUUCUGGGGCAGCUUUGCGGCGUGCCGCGGCCUGGCCGUGUUCUUUGCCGCCUGUCUGCAGCCCGGAACCAUGAUCGUGCUGAGCAACGUGGGCAGCCUGGGCUCCUCGCUCUUUCUGGUGCUUUUCGACAAGAGCCCCGCCUGCCUCUGGGUCGCCACGGCCGUGUACGGGGCCUCGAUGGCAGCCACGUUUCCCAGCGGCGUGUCUUGGAUUGAGCAGUACACCACCAUCCACGGGAAGUCUGCGGCGUUUUUUGUGAUCGGCGCGGCCUUGGGAGAAAUGGCGAUUCCCGGGGUGAUCGGAUCCCUUCAGGGACGGUACCCGCAUUUGCCCGUAGUCUUGUACACCUCGUUGGGGUCAGCCGUAGCCACGGCCCUUUUAUUUCCCGUGAUGUAUAAAUUAGCCACCGUCCCACUGGAGCGUCAACGAAAAGCACACAGGAAGAGCGAGGACCUGCGGGCUUUGCUGUCCAGCUCUGAGCUCAAUGACUGCGAGGAGGAGCCCGAAGAAGAGGAUGCAGACAGAUGGAAUGAAAUGGAUUUUGAAGUGAUUGACAUGAGCGCCAUAGUGAGGAAUUCUGUGGCAGCCGCAUGCGGAGGUAGCUUGAUGGAGCCUCAUUCAAAGGCCCUGGAGUCCGCAGCGGCGUCCUCCCCUGGAACCCUGGCGAGCCCCGUCAGUGACAGUGCAGGUGGCCAGAGCAGGAGGGACUGA